GCGACAACUAUGUGCCGCUCAUCCGUAAACAGCACUCGGGAGAGGAGUUUAUCUCGUCGCUGACGAGUUGACCGCGUUCAAGAGAGAGAGAACUUCUCGCAGAAUCUGCGCUCCGGUCAGCACGGCGGUGGAGAGAGAGAGAGAGACGAGAGCGAGGAGAGACAGAGAGAAAGAGGCUCUUUCAUGUAGGCGAGCGUCGCGAGAAGAUGUGGCGUGCGUGGCAUGAGGGUUCAGGCGGACGACGCUCAAGGAGACACCACAUGGAGGAGGCUGUGGGCAUCUCCGUGGCGAUGCUGGCGCUGAUCGUGGCUCACGGCGCGCUGGGCUGCAGCCCGCAAAGAGCAGACUACGUGUGGGUGUCGUGCUUCCCGAACACCAUCACGGCGACCGUGCUCGAGUGCCCCUUCGGCUGGACGCUCGAGACGCUGCUGCUGGGCGGAGUUUGCGUCAACGGGGUCAGCAACCAGGGCUUCUACAAGUUCGUCAUCCCCGACCUCACUCCCAGCGACUUCAGCUACUGCGGCACCCAGACGCAGCUGGUGAACCAGCACGGCACGCCGACCUACGUCUUCACGAACUGGAUCACGUCCAGAGACCAGGGUGCUGGCGUGCGCUUCCAGCCCGUCAACUACACGUUCAGCUGCAGCUACAAGGCUCGCUACACCAUGGAGACGGCCGCCUUCGACCAGAGCGUUGCCACAAUAUUCGUCAAGAACGGCAGCUGGGGAUCCUUUGAGAGUCAGCUGUCUAUGAACAUCUUUUCUGGUCCUACGGAUAACGGACGCGUUCGGAUAAUCGAGAACUCCAAGUUCUCGGUGCUGAAGCCGGCUCCGUUCAUCGUCGACGCCUCGGACAUCGGCUCCAUCGUCUUCAUCGGCAUCGAAGCCAAGGGGCUGAGCCGCCGAUUCAAGAUCGUGAUCUCAAAGUGCUGGGCCACCCCUUCCACCAACAGCAACGGCAGCAUGAGCCUGUCGCUCAUCCACGCAGAAUGUCCCAGCGACAACACCGUGGUGAUCUUCGAGAACGGACACUCGCAGAAGUCGACGUUCCAGUUCAGCUCGUUCCGCUUCCGCGACGUGAGCGGCACGUCACGCGUGUGGCUGCACUGCGAAGUGCGCCUCUGCGACAGCCACCGCACCGCGUGCUCCAAGAGUUCAUGCUCCUCUCGGCAAAUGAGGAUUGAAACCGCGGAGGACAACAUGGGCACACUCACGCAGGAGUUCCAACUUAAACAAAACAAGGCGGGAGCGUGUACCUGCGGUCCCAACGCUCUCGCCGCAGGUGUCCAUUUGUUCCUUCUGCUGCCGAUUGUCUUCGGAGAGGGCAUUCCGUGACGACGACGACGACGGCGGUGGUGGUGGUGGGAGCUGCUGGAGGUUGUUGGUGGUGGUGAUGGUGGUUGUGAGUUGGUUGUGUCGUUGACAGCGCGACAAAACGACGGCGAAUUUAAGGCUUCUUCCAGGAGGAGGCGCACAAAUUCCAUUGCACGUUGGCCCCCGCCACCACCAUCACCACGAUCGUGAUGUUUUGUUCCAUGACUGCGAGGAGGUAUUUAUUUUCCAUUACACCGUAGUCAGCUUUUGAUUAUACAGGAAAAUAUGGGGGGGGGGGAGGGGAAUGAUAGCCCAGAUAGCAGAAAAAAAAGCCCGCAGAUAACACGCUAAUGCUAAUUUGCUAUUAAACAGAUAUUUAUUGCUUACGAGAUUUGAGGUGAAUAUUUAGACGUGCAAUUUGUGUUUUACAGCUUCCUUGAAACACUGCAAUCAGUCACUGAGUUACAAGUCUGGAGUUGCUACUGAUAGAACCACUGGCAAAGCAUGCUCCUUUGUAGAGUUUCCCACCCUUUAUCGCGAGCACAGUCAAUCAGCAACCCGGAUAAUCCACCCCACGGACCUUGCCUAAGAUGACGGCCUCCAGACAUUCAAUAUCUGCAUUUCCCAUAUCCCCUCCCUUGGAUGCUGCUAAUCCUGCAUAAUGCACUUACACAAGUAGUACUAAUCACAUACCUGCAUUUCCCAUGGGUAUGCUGGAUUCCUCUUGAUAUGCAAAUUCUUUUGUCAAGGCGCCCCUUUCCCCCCCCUUCCAACCCAGCUUAUAUAUAUGCUCCAAGCACGUGUGCUGUUUCAUUCAGACGCUGUCGCCUCGACAGACCUGGUUUCACCUGAGGAUGGCUACUUGCGUUGUGGCCGAAACGUCGUGAGAAUUAUUUUAUUAUGUUUUAUUUGUAUUAUUUUAUUACUUCCCUUCUACGUGACUUUACCGAAAGAACCAAGAAGAUUCAAUAAGCUCUCUUGCAAGCAGGGUUUGUCACACAUAGUAUGGACAGGAGACGUUUCCCAGCCCGAUAUUUACUCUUUUUUUUUAAAUACACUAAUAACAAUGAUUAAUAAUAAUAAUUUCGUACAUUUAGUUAAUUGCGCCAUUCUUAUAGCGCAGGGGUGUCGCGAAGGUGCUGUUCACACUGCACGAAUUAUAAACAUUCAGAGGCCACGUGGCAAUUGUGUCAUCCCAAUCGAGUAAUUUGUGUAUGUGGGGGGGGCGAGGGGGUUUCCAAAUUUCGCAAAGUAUGAACCCAUGACGCCGGCACACAAAUGGCCUGCACGUUUUAAUUAUAACGCCAGAGUGGGGGGUCUCUAACAUUCUAGGCAUUGCAGACGACGCGCACGCACGCACGCACGCGUGUGUGUUUCACGGUCCACGCAACCGCAGCAAUAACCAGGGCGGACCGACGGAUUCGAAACUUUUACAACGAGAUGGCAGGCAAGCGCCGCCGUGAGGUGACUUCGAAGUACAACGCUUUUGCGGGUGACAUUUGUCCGUCAAUCAAGAGGCCGAAAGUUGGCAAAUGGCCUCUUUCGGCAUACUUUGGGUUUCAGACGAAAGUAUAUAGUUUCGGUUUCGGCCGAAACUGAUAUUGACUUUCGGUCGUCACUCGUCAACCGAAGGUCUAUUUUUUAGAAUAUAACGCUAGUGCUACGUCUAUCACUCUGCCUAUCGGCCGGUCAGUCGGCGCUAGGCAAUCCUAUGCGAUAGGCUGCAAACACACAGACACGUCAGCAGCAGCAGUAGCUUGGGAGCGAGGUUACAGCCGCAACCAUGGUCUGAUAAUUAGAGGCCGACCGAAAUUCAGUUUCGGCGAAAAAAAGUUGGCAAAUGGUCUCUCCCGGCAUAGUUUCUGUUUCAGCCGAAGCCAAAAAGUUUACUUUGAGUUUACUUUCGGUUUCGGCCGAAAGUUAAUUUUUAACUUUCGGUUUCGGCCGAAAGUAAAUUUUUUACUUUCGUUCUGGUUUCGAUUUCGGCCGAAACCACAAAUUCAGUUUCGGUCGGCCUCUACCGUCAACAUCAUCAUCAUCAUCGGCCGUUGUCAAUGUUUCUGCUGCUCUUCGUCCACGUCUUUUUUAAAUCCCUACUUGCAGCAGAAGAGACCUUGAAAGUCAGUUCACAAUCGAAGCAAGAAUUACAAUGUUGGUUACGACUACCGAACGCUCUUUAGCUCUGUGUCAUCACUACCAUUGCCACAUUAACAUUGCCACAUAGGCCAUGGCAUUGACACUCCAGGACUCGACUUUCCAAAAUGAAGUAACAACGUUUUAAGUGCGCCCUUUACAGCACAUGGGUAAUUCAUGCCAAAGGUUACCAGCUGGACUGCCAUUGUUAAAAAAAAGAUGUGCUUCUUUCACAACUGACCAAUGGCAGCAGACAUGCAUACGUAGAGCCGUUCAUCAAUCCACUGCUGGAUGAGGGCCUCCCCACGCCCUGCGGGUCGCAGGGGUUAUUUGACCAUACUUCACCACGCGGGUCAGUGCGGGUUCGUGACGGUGGGGACCAGUGUUGUAGGGAGCAUAGAAAUACAGCACAACAGCAGAUUGUGCUGCUUGUGCUGCCCAUCACAUAGCCCCGUAACCAGCUAUGCAUUGCGCUCACCCAUCCGCACACUAUUCAGGCUCAAGCCUGCUUACAAAGUGCUUGCCACAAACGAACCACAAUACCGCACUGAUCUCGUCACGGAGCAUAAAACCAUAAGCCAUCGAACAAAGAUGGAUCACUGCAUCGCGUGCUUUCAGAUGCGCUUCUGCGGCCGUCUGGAACGCUCUUCCUUCCGAUAUUAGGAAGCCACUGGAGCUAUGCGCUUUUAAAUCUCGAUGGAAAACUCUUUUCUUUAGAACUGCUCUUUGUCUUCAGUUUGUGUUCCUUCCCCCGCACCUCCGAUUGGCACGGUUGGCUGUGUACGGUGCGAAAUAAGUCCCAGCGGCUUUUGACCAGCCGUCGAACAAAGACGGUCACUGCAUCGCGCUUCUGCGGCCGUCUGGAACGCUCUCCCUUCAAAUAUUAGGAAGCCACUGGAACUAUCCACUUUUAAAGUUCGAUUGAAAACUCA